CAUGUCAAGGAAUAAAGAGAAAUCCCAGUCAGUGUUGCAUAGGUACCAGGCACUUAAAGAUGAAGAAGCUGGAGUUUUACAGUCAAAUCCCAAUUUAAGACCACGGAAUGUUCAACUGGUCAAAUCAUUACCUCAAGCUGAAAAAUGGAGAAGUACUUUAAUAACGGAAAUAUCAGUUAAACUUACCCGACUCAAUAACCCCGACUUGAAUGAUUAUCAAAUAAGAGACAUAAAUGAUGAAGUAAAUAAACAUUUUCGGGAGAAAAGGGCAUGGGAAUAUCAUAUAGUCAGUUUGGGAGGACCUGACUAUUCAACUUUUCACAACAAUAUAACGGCAUCAAAAACUGGGAUUGAAGUGAACGGGUAUAGAUACUUUGGUCGAGCAAGGGACUUGCCUGAUGUUAAAGAUGUGCUACAAGCUCGAAGCUUACAAAGAAAAGCUCAAGAAUCGAAGAAGGACAAAGCUUCAGAAGAGAAGAGAAUAUUGAAGGAAAGGUCAAGUCGGAUAACGUCUGAUUAUUAUGGUUUUUAUGAUGAACGUGGUAAAAAUACGGAAUAUAGUAUUCCAACUGCAGAUGAUAUAAUAAACGAAGUCAAUGAAGCUUUAGGGAAAACAAUUGUCGAUCCAAUUCGACCUUUGAACAGUAGGCCCUUAAAGUCUGUUGAUCGAGAUGAUGAUUUACUCGAGUUUGAAAGAAAGGUGAAGAGACAAAUACAGAAACUGAGUACAGACCAAGAACCCAAAUAUCUGACAAUUGAUUUCGACAAUUUACCCACUAAUGAGAAGGUAUCUAAAUGGUUAGUUGAUAAGAAGAAACAAGAGCUCAUGGAAAGACUUGGAAUUAAAAAGUAACUUGCAUUAGAAGCAUG